AGGGGCGGGGGCGGGGCCUCUACUGGGUAGGCCGCCGUGGGUCCCGGGACUCCCCCUCUCCGCCCUCGCCCUGCCCUGGGAGGCCGCCGCCCGGAGCCUCACCGUCGUGUUGCAGUGGAGCGUGAGCUGCGGCCGCCGCUCCUGGUUCUUGCGGAAGGACAGCAAGGCCGAGGAGAAUGGCUUCCACAGCUUCAUGUACUCCAUGGACCCACAGCUGCAGUGGCAAAUGGAAACCACCCGGAACCUGGCGGACUCCUACAUGGCCAUUGUCAACAAGACCGUGUGGGACCUCAUGUUUGGUGUGAAGCCCAAGCCCAUCAUGCACAUUAUGAUCUACAACGUGCAUGCACCGCCUCAUGGGGACCAUGGAGUUCAUCUUCUCCGAGCUGCUGUCCAACCUGUACUCGCGUGGGGACCAGAACACGCUGAUGGAGGAGUCAGCAUAGCAGGCACAGCAGUGUGACGAGAUGCUGCAUAUGCACCACGUGCUGAGAGAGGCCCUCAGCAUCAUCGGCAACAUCAACACGACCACCGUCAGCACACCUACGGGGGCCCGUGGAUGACUCCUAGCUGCAGGUGUCACCAGGCAGCAAAGAGGUAACAGGCCUGGAAGGUCCCCAGCAGCCCAGAUGGACAUGCUCAGACACUCCGGGGCUCCUCGUUCAGUGGCACAAACACCAGGACCCAGUGAGGGAAACGGGAAUACACCAGGCUGAGCAGUAUGGCUAAAUCUGUUUAUUCCAAAAUAAAAAGCAAAAUAAACAGGAGUCGCAUCACCAGG